CCUAUCCGAUGCUAUGUGAACAAAAGCAUCUAAAAUAGCUAUCUAUUAGUCAUAUUCUAGUACAAUCUCCGACUGUUAAGGUCCCUCAAAGUCAUCCCUCGUGCACUUGUCUUAUGCGACCUCAUAUCUAGCCUCACGGCAUGCAUUCCUUUCGCCACCACUAUCUACUCGACCAGUAGAUAAAGUAGCAAUAAUAAAUAACUACAAUAGUUAUAAGAAGACGAAUGAAAGACGUGUGUGUUAAAAAUACAUAUUAAAGUUGUCAAGGAAAUCACAGAAUCAUCUAAUAUAUAGUAUGCUUAACAUAAAUGUACUUAAGUAAAUUAUUUCCUUACUCCAACCCACAUUGAUUACUCGGUCAGAGGUUACAGAUAAGUCCAAUAAAACGAACCACUGAACAAAAGAGUGUUUGCUAAAUUUACACCAUAAUGUGUUAGUGUUAAAAAUGUUUCAUAAAGUGAAGUGUUUUCUCCUUAUUACUUGUGUAUUUAUAUUUGGCAUCGAGUGUAAGAAGGUUAAUAGGAGAUCGACUGAAGAUAAAGAUGGUGGGAAGAGUAGCUUGGCGUUUAUUUUCGAUACGACUGGUUCGAUGUACAAUGACUUGCGACAGCUACGGGAGGGAGCUGAAAUGAUCCUGAAUACUGCUCUACAGGAAAGUGGUGUCAUCGCUGACUUUGUGUUUGUGCCGUUCCAUGACCCCUUGGUUGGCCCAGUAACAGUGACAAAGAAUAAAAGGGUAUUCCAAAGAGCGUUAAACAUGGUCCACGUUCAGGGAGGAGGUGACUGUCCUGAGAAGUCUUUGACGGGAAUACAGCUAGCUCUGAAUGUCAGUAGACCAAGGUCCUUUCUGUACGUGUUUACGGACGCGACCGCUACCGACCAUCGCAUUGUUGGCAAAGUACUGGACGCUAUACAACGAAAGCAGAGUCAGGUGGUGUUUAUACUAACCGGUCACUGCAACGAUUUGAAGCGACCCUCGUACAAAGUGUACCAGCAAGUUGCCGCCGCUAGUUCUGGACAAAUAUUCAACUUGAAUAAGACCAAUGUGCACAUGAUGCUGGAUUUCGUAAAAAGUUCUAUAAAAGGUCGCACAGUGAAUUUAGCUUCUGUAUCAAAUCCUCCCGGAUAUAAUUAUACUCAAGAGAUUCCAGUGGACAGCACUUUGGGAGAGGUCACGGUGUCUGUGUCGGGAGUGAAGCCGAAGAUAUCUGUAAUAGACCCUAAUGGCGAAAAACUGACUGGACCCCCUAAACUGAUCACCACACUUGACCUUUCCGAGAUUAUGAUAGUGAAAGUGAUGCAGCCGGAGCCAGGGAACUGGACGGUGACUGUGGGCAGUGAGAAGGAGCACUCGGUCAAAGUGGUCGGACUGUCCAAUGUGACCUUCAACCACGGGUUCUCAGUGGAACAGCCUAAGUCUAUGAAGGAAACCAGCUAUAGACCCUUGAAAGGCACAUACAACCACAUGCUGAUCUCGUUGUCACCACCAAAUGUGACGGCUAGCAUUCAGUACGCGGAGAUAUUGACUCUAGACGGACGCUCGCUCUUUGAACUACCCCUUAAAAAAAUCGACAACAACUUGUACAGUGCAGACCCAUUCAUUCCACCUGACGACUUCUUCUAUAUCGCUAUCAAUGGCCAAGACAAGUACAAGCAGGAUUUGCGAAGGAUAGGUGCAACUGCGAUACAGGCACAGUUACCAGAUGUUCCCUACCUAACAGCAUCUAGAAAGGUGGAAGCGCAUUCCCACUCGCGCGUGGUGUUAUCAUGUUCUGUUGAGAGUUUGGUACCGGUCACUGCUAUGUGGACCAAGGACGGAACGAAAAUGUAUAAACAAAUCACCAGCUUACAAACAACGUCGAUUGACUUCGUGAUAGACAAUAUGAAAGAAGAAGAUGUCGGUACAUAUAGAUGUAUCGCUCACAAUAUGGCUGGGGUCAGCAGGACUAGCACCGUACUCGACCUUAUUGUUGAACCACCUCAAAUAACUAUGGAACCGGAAAAUACUACGGAAUUAGAAGUAGGUGACACUUUAACAAUAUCCUGUACUGUGUACAGCGAAGCACUCCUUUUAGAAAACCGACUGAUCUUCAAUGGGAGUCAAACACAUUAUGCUACCGAAAUAGACAAGGAGCCGAAAUUAGAAGGAGUGUACCCGUAUAAGAAAAAUAUUAAAAUAGAUUCUGAUACUGUUGGCUUGUACACGUGUGUCGCUGCUAACAGAGGUGGCAAAACAAACCAAACGACGCUUAUAAAAUUGAAAGCAGAUCCAACUGCACAAAUAUUAGGCCCUCACACACUGUCAAAGAAGAUUAACUCCAGCAUGCAGCUCGUAUGUACUGUGGAUAACGCGGGCGCUGUCGUAUGGACCGCGCCUAAUGGGACUGUGGUCAGGUCCAGAAAUAUUACAGGACCUUCUAAUGACAUGCUAGAAAUAAAGAAUGUUACUAAUGAUGGUGAAUGGACAUGCUCGGCGGUUAGAGGAUCUCGUAGAGGUAUCGAUAAAGUGAAUGUAAAUGUCCUAAUAAAGCCAGUAGUCAGUAUAAUAGGUUCAAAGAACAUAACGAUACUGAACGGUACUGUCGUCGAAGUGAAUUGUGAAGUGGUCGCCAAGCCAUCGCCGCGGAUAUUGUGGCACAGAGAGACUGAGACUUUUCUUAAUAAUACUAUAAAACAAAUACAACCGAAUGUAUACCGAAGUGUAUUGAAAUUGAAUUCAAGUGCGGACUCUGUGGCCGCCACUUACUUCUGCUUUGGAGAAAAUUCUGAAGGCAUACAUCAAGACAGUCUGACCGUCCAUGUUCGGAGAAAGAUGAAAUUACUUCAUGGAUUCGAAGAUCAAUCAGUGCAGCUCUAUUAUCAAGUUGAACUGCAGUGUGUUAUCGAUUCUUAUCCUUUGCCCAACAUUAUUUGGUACCAUAAUGGUACUGAACUAGUCACUAACAGUAACGUACACGUUUCCGAGGACAACUCUACAGUGUAUUUAAAAAGAAUCGAGUUUAAUGACCUAGGUGGCUACACCUGUAUAGCCGAUAAUGGCUAUGAAAAUAUAAUAGUGAGUGGAACAAUUGGUGUCACUGGUUUAGCGGCUCCCGUUAUAUCUAAAGAGUUGACAAAAAUAACUGCCCGCUCCGGCAACUCUACUAAAAUCACAUGUAGAGUUCUCAAAGGCAGCCCAGAGCCUACAAUAUCUUGGGAAUUUAAAAAGCAAUCGUCGAAUGAAUUUGCCACUUUACCUGAUGGCGUGGUCAAUAAUGAGAAGGAACUUAUUUUAAGUAAUACAGUGGAAGAGCAAAGUGGUGUGUAUCGGUGUACCGCAGUUAAUGUGAUCGGAAAAGACGUUUAUGAUGUCCUCCUAGUAAUACAAUAUCCACCUCGCAUUGAUAGUACUUUAGAAGGCGUUAAUAAACCUCGAGAGGUAAAGCUGGGGAAUGAAGUGAAAUUUUCCUGCAAAACGGAGGGCUCCCCACCCCCUAUACUAGUGUGGACCAAAGACACACGUCCUCUGGUGUACUCUGACAAUAUAAUUCUUUCAGAUAAAAACGAGCUGUCGAUAAAGAGUGUGUCAGCGUAUGAUUCAGGCACUUACACUUGCACUGCUACUAGUACGAUUGGCUCUACACAUAAGGACUUCACACUGAUCGUAUACGACCCGCCCAAAGUAACAUCUUCACCUGAAACUUUACUUGAAGUACUAGAAGGGCAACGAGUUGAGUUACCCUGUAGUGCACAAGGAGUCCCAUCACCAAUAGUGGAGUGGACGCAAAAUGGUGCACCAUUGUCUGAUCACAGGAAAUAUGUUGACGAGUAUGGAUUGAGCUUUGUGGCCAACCUGACUGAUUUCGGAGAUUAUGCUUGUACGGCUUCAAAUGUUUAUGGGAAUACUUCUGUUACAUACACGGUACACAUAUGGGUGCCCCCAUACAUAGGACCUCCAUUAUACAGUAUGAAGGUAGUUUUGCUCGGCGACAAUGUAACGUUACAAUGUGACGUCAUCGGGUUUCCAGUACCCACUGUGAGGUGGCAGUUUCAAGACAGCUUACUGACUUCUAAUACUUCAGACUUGAGUACAAACGACAUUGGCAAUUUGUAUAUAAAUCAAGUGAAACAUAACCAUGAAGGUUCAUAUGUGUGCGUAGCUGAAAACAAUGGCGGUAUUGCUGAAAAAAGUACUUACCUCAAAGUUAAUGAACCACCACAAAUUUUAGAGGACAAUUACACUGGACCGUAUUUAGCUACAACUAUGGAUACGGCACUCACAAUUGCUUGCCGAGCUACUGGGAAACCUAAACCUUAUGUCGUGUGGUCUAAAGACGAAUUUUAUUUGAAUAACGAUCCUCGAUACACCAUAGAUUUAGACGGUACAUUGACGAUCAAGUCUCCGUCAGAAGAUAUGAGCGGCAACUACACUUGUACUGUGAAGAAUUCCAUCGGAGUGGUGAAUAAGACGGUACCUGUUGAAAUAUAUUCAAUUCCGGUUCAUUCACAAUCAGAAGAGAGCUUGUCUUCAGUGACGCUGGUAGAAGGAACUAACGCUACGGUCGAGUGCCCCGUCACAGGCUCGCACUCACUCAAAUGGUAUAAGAAUGCGAACGUGAUAUCAUCAGGUCCUCUUCUUCUAACAAACGUGUCUCGAUACAACGCAUCUACAUAUACUUGUGUAGCAAGAAAUGUAGUUGGUUCUGCUUAUGCUAAAGUACAAGUCGUGGUUGAAUGGCCUCCAGCCUUUGUAGACCAUACUUCGACCAGUGUGGAAGUGUUGAGAGGAGACGACUGGUACUUCGACUGCGCUGCCGAUGCAAAACCUAGAGCUAAGACUAAAUGGAUGUUCAAGUCCAAACCUCUAGUGUUUGAAGACAAGCCCCGUUUGAAAGUGAUCAAUAUACAGCCUCAUAACGCGGGCGAAUACAAAUGUAUAGUCAGCAAUGUACAUGGGACGGUCAUCAAACAGUUCUCUUUGAACGUCUUGAUUCCGCCAUUUAUAUCGGAGUUUGAUAUGUUAGACGUACAGUUGAAGGAAGGCGUUAAUGCGACAUUACAGUGCAAUGCUAGAGGAACGCCACAGCCUACACUUACAUGGACAUACAAGUAUCAAGGAUCACGUUUACGUGUCACGUGCAAAGCUGCAGGGAAUCCGAUCCCCGAUAUACAAUGGAUACAUCAAGGGCUCGUAGUCAGUGAGAAUUCAUACGACAUCGACUAUGCAGAUUUGAUACUUAAUGACGUGCAAUUGGCUCAAAGUGGUGUCUAUACUUGCGUGGCCAGUAACGAAGGUGGUACUCACGAGAAGAAGAUCAAAAUUGAUGUACUUGAGCCACCAAAAAUAUUCCAAGAAUUAUUCCAAAAUGCAAACGUAACAUCGAAUGAAGUUCACCUAGAAGUAAUAUCGGGCCAAUCGUUCUACCUCCACUGCCAUCCUUAUGGAAACCCACAGCCAGAAAUCUACUGGUUCAAAGACGAUUUACCAUUAAAGUUUUUUGAUGAUGCUAUGGUUUCUACGGACUUCGGAGAAGUGGUUGUAGCAAAGAAAGCGGUACAGGAACAGUCGGGAAAUUACACUUGUGUCGCUAGAAAUAAGGUCGGAAAUACAAGCGUGGUUUAUUUGGUCGAUGUUUUGGUCCCUCCGCCAUCACCGAAAGAAUCUACCAAAAAGGUGACAAUUGGCUUUGCAAAGCCACUGGUGUUAACUUGUCCAGCAGUGGGCAGUCCUUCGCCCAGCGUCAUGUGGGUGAAGCAUCCCUAUUCAGAAAUAAGUAGGAAUGAUCGAGUACACCUUACUGAUGAUAAUUUUACUAUGGUCAUAAACAGAACAGAAGUGACGGACGGUGGUAAGUACUCCUGCAUUAUGACAAACAAAGUCGGUACUACAGAGGUUAUAUAUGACGUCACAAUACACAAACCACCGUCCAUUGCUGGUAAUGUUGGCAAUAAUCUUGUGGAAGGACACGUAGUCGCUUUGAAAAGAAGCAUUGUAUUGAAAUGUGAAGCUGACGGACAUCCAAUGCCGAAGAUUACAUGGUUGAAGGACACGCAAAUACUAAGUGAGAGUUUAGCAAACAUACAACGGGUUUUGGGGAACAGUUUGUUGGCUAUAUGGAGCGCUAACGUCAGAGACGCGGGACAAUACAUUUGUGUAGUGGAAAAUGAAGCUGGUACUGCUCAUCGAAGGUACAAUGUUGCAAUACAAGUACCAGCAAAAUGGAGUUCGUGGACACAAUGGACUUUAUGUAAUGUAACCUGUGGAUUAGGAUACCAACUGAGAUCGAGGUCUUGUCACUUUGUCGACGAUAAAAAUAUGACUAUUGACAGUUCUUCAAAAUCAGAGAAAAUAAUUCUUGAUCAAACAGCGUGUAGAGGCCCGACAGUCGAUAAAAGGAGAUGUCAUAUGCCUCCUUGCGAUGUGGACGAAUCAAAGCCCCGCUGGUCGAUGUGGUCCCAGUGGUCGGAGUGUUCAGCAACGUGUGGAGUAGGGACUCAGGCGCGGACCCGACGGUGCAAGACUAAAGCCAAGUGCGAGGGAGAUAAUGUACAGAUAAAGAAGUGUCCGGACUUACCGCUGUGUAGUCCUGCUUUAAACCAAAAUAAUGUUAACGAAGUUACUGAUAACAAUAACAACAAUGAGGACAACAGCGACACUGAUUCUUACCUUCCAGAUCUUACCUAUGAAAUACAGCCAGAAACAAUCAACUCAUAUUCCUCUCCGGACGUCGAAGAAUUUUAUAGCACAUCAGGCUCACAAGCUACAACAGUUUUCUUCGAUGUUAGCGUGACGGAGAAUUUGGAUCACAGUGAUAGAGGACCGUGUGAUCCUGGAUAUAGGCACAAUGCUUCAUAUAAUACUUGUGAAGAUAUAGACGAGUGUCUGUUCGAGACGAACCAGUGUCACUCGACGCAGGUGUGUGUCAACACGGACGGCGCGUACCGGUGCGCCUGUACACCUGGGUACCUCGCACUGGCGGCCGGCCAGAGGUGUCUAGAUAUAAACGAGUGCGAGUUGGAGACGGACGGGUGUUCGCACUCGUGCGUGAAUACAGCGGGCGGGUACGCGUGCGCGUGUCCACGACAUUUGCGCCUGCAUAUAGACAAACAUCAUUGUGUUACACCCGCGUUGUACCGAAGACCGCUCAGCGAGUUAGAGUCUGAAUACCUGAGCACCACAAUAGACUUUCCAACGAAAUACACUAAAACUAUAAGAAAUACUAAAUCUUGACAACUUCUGUGUGGUUUUCCUAGAAAAUAAUUAAAGAUGAAAUGAAAUAUAAUUAUCUGUAAGUAAUUAAUAUACAAUCAAUGUAUAAAUAUUAUCAAAAUUUUAAAUUAACAUUUGUGUUUAAUAGACUCAAAGUCAAACACCUCUUUCUUUUUAAACGCCUGAGGCCUUAGUACGAGUACCUAUGUUUUACGUUUCAAAUAAUCGAAACGAGAUCGCCUUCGGCGCUCUCAUUGGCCGGCUCCAAUAAACUAACCAAUCAGAGCGCCGAACGUGGUCUCGUUCUCGGUAGUCUGUUAGGAAAAUUAAAGUUAUGUAUUUAUUUAAUACUACGGGGAAAUUAUUGUUAGGUGAGUAUUGUUGUAAAUUAUUUUGGAAAUAAAAUA